AUGUCGACACUCCCGGGAGAUAUCAUGAUUGAUAUUCUUACAAGGUUACCAGUGAAAUCAAUUUUGAGAUUUAAGUGCGUGUGCAAAUCAUGGCGUCAGCUAUUCGAUGACAUAAAGUUCUGCCAGAGGCACUGUGUUGCCCAGAAGAAGAGCAAUAAUCCGAUUAAGAUUCUUGCUUGUAAGGGAAACGUUCUCUAUUCCAUAGAUGCUUAUAACUCAAUACUAUCUGGGGCUGUUGAGAUUGUCGAUUACCCUUUCUACAAUAAAAAGAAGUAUAAUAAGAAGUAUGAGGCUGCCCUCGGUAUUCUGGGUUCUUGUAAUGGCUUAGUUUGCAUACGUCCACAGCCAAACCUAAUUUGCUUUUGGAAUCCGUCUAGUAAACAACACAAGAUUGUACACAAGUUACAACUGGUUGAUGAAAAUCAACAAUCCCAAACACCACUUUCCUGGUGUAUAUAUGGAUUCGGUUAUGACCCCAAGACUCAGGACUGCAAGUUGGUGAGGUUUGAAAGCUUUGUCGAUAGAACUCGUGGCACUCAAAUCAAGGUCUAUUCAUUAGCAUCAAAUUCGUGGGGUACUGCUCUGCAUAACGUCCCUUAUAUAAUCCCUUGCCGAUCACAGCCAACACCAUUGUACUUCAACGGAGCUCUUCACUGGUUAACAGACGACUCCAAAGUUUUACUUUCUUUUGAUCUUUGA